ACCUUCGGCAUUUUUCUGUCCCUAGCCUACAGGUGCUUGCUAGUGUCUGCUCCUGCCUUGCUCUCUCGCUCGCUCUCUCCGUCGCGUGCUGUGUCGUGCUUUGUCCUUUACUCACUAACCCAUCUCCACCCGCGUCGCGGUUUUCUAGAUCCGCGUCGCGCUGAUGUCUGCCAGAGACGUGGCUCCGGCUGCUGCUGGUGGUCGGCCGGCGCUUCUGGUGCACGGCGCGCUGUGGGGGCUGCCUUCCGCCUGCCCCUGCUGCAUCCGCGCGGAGGCCUACCUGUGCCUCGCGGCGUUCUCGCACGACUGCGUCGAGUGCCCCGCGCAGAUCACCUCCUGUGAACUGCCCGCGCUCGAGGAUUACCCCACUCCACCCACCCAUCCCCCCCCACACCCGACCCGCCCGCAUCCUCCUCCGCGCCCUCUGCUGACUCUCCCUCAGGCCCUCCUGCAUCUCCCCCUCCCACUGAUCCCGCCGAUUCGGGAACCCCUGCCUCCGCCGACCCCCCCGCGGGCUCUUCCGCUCCGCCCCGCGCUCGUCGCUCCGCCUCGCGUCCGCUGAUCGCGCUUUCCUCCGCGUCCUCCUCCGCCGUAGAGGACUACCUUCGCGCGCACCGCGGAGUGGACCUAGACGCCGCGCUUUCCCCCGCAGAGCACGCCGAGCUGACUGCGCUCCGCGGAUUAGUGGAAACCAUCCUCUCCGCCGCGGCGCAGGCGGAGCUCUGGGGGGAGGAGAGCAACCGCGGAGCGUUGCGGGAGAUGUUUGACUCCGCGGUGCCCUGGCCGCUCUCCCGCGCGCUGCUGUGGAGAGAGGCGCGGAACCACAGAUGGGGGGAAGCGGAGCCGAAAGCGCACCAGGGGGAGGGCGGGGCUGAUGGACGAGGCAGUGGCGCGGGAGGGGCACUGGCGCGCGCUGGUGUGCGGUCGAGGGAAGAGCUGUUUGCACGAGCAGCAGCAGCCUACUCUGCCCUGGCCACUCGCCUGGGGGACGCACCUCUCUUCUUCGACCCAAGGCCGUCAAGCCUAGAUGCUGCUCUCUACGCGCAUCUCAUCUUCGUCACACAGGCCCCGCUGGUCAAGUCGCAGCUGCAGCAGCUGGUGUCGUCACACGCGCCUCUGCGCGCCUUCCUCUCAGCAAUGACCAACCGCCUCACCACUGCCCGUGCUGCUCUCAGUGAAGGCUCCGCUGUGCCCCCGCCGCUCUCACGGCCCUUCGCACCCUCCAGAGGGGCAGCAGGCAGGAAGGAGCCUCGAGCACAGACAUCGACUGAGAGCAGCAAGCCGCGGUCAAGCGCAUGGAUGUUCGUGGUGGCACAGGUGGCAGCAAUCAUCGGGUACAUCGUCAUGUCAUCGGUUUCUGUGGAUCUAGGGGAGGAGGAUGAGGAGGAGGAAGAGGAGAGCAGGAGUGGAAGGAGACACGGCGGCGUGGGGAGUGCGAGGGGAGGCUUGAGAGGGCACGAGGAGGAGAGAGAGGAGGAUGGUGGGGAGGGGGAUGAGGAGGGAGAGGAGGAUGAGAUUGAUGAUGAUGACGACGAUGAGUAGAGCUAGGGCUAGUUAGUUCAUGUUGGUGUGAAUGAUCAUGUGGAUUCUGCUGUCUGGAUCUGUGUAGACAAAUCCAGAUGGCAGUUGAAAACAUACUCUUCCCCUUUUUUGUUUGAUUACAGUAUAGAGCACAUACAGCCCAACAAGGUAAGGUGUGGGUACAAACAAAUUGCUAACAAGCCAAGUCCAUGGAGGGGGAUCUUGGGGCAUUCAUUACAACUUUCAGUGAUGGCAUAGGGUUCUGGUACACU